ACUGAACAGAAGAAGCGCGUGCCAUCGCGUGCCCGCGAUCCCGAAGAUGAACCAGCCUGAACGGUCCAAGGGCAACUUCAAAAAGCGGCGCGCUUCCAAAUCAAGCCGGAAGAUGGAGCACUCGACCGCCGCCUCAAACGCUGACGAGCCGUUGAAGCCGACUCCGGAGAAGACGACUGUCAGCGCUGGCCGGCCAUCCGAUCCUGAAACACUCGCCGCGGCGGUCAAGAAAAACGGGGAGAAACGACUGUCCCCCAAGCGUUCAGCAUCAACGUCGUCUCAGGCGCAACAUAGACGCAGCAAGACUCACAGCAUCUCCACCGGUCCCGUGUCGUUAACUCAUCAAAGCAAAGCCGUGCACGAAGCUGAAGCCAGUCAAAGUGGCGCCAGUACUUCAUUGCUGGGUCAGGCUGUGCUGUCAUCGAUAUCAACGUCGACAUCCACAGGAGGUGGAACCUUGUCAUUGGAGAGCUCGCCAAAGUCCUGCAAUCCGGGCGAGGCGACCAUCGAAUGGGGAGUCAGCGAACCAGCCACCGCAGCUGUCAAUAUGGCUCAGUCGAAGCAGGUCGGGGUGCAAGCGUCAGCGCAGCCCAGUGGCCAGGUCGCCGUCGGUGUGGCCCCGGUUGAAUAUAUCGAGACGCAGCCACUAGCGAAACCGAAGGUCCAACCAGUCAAAGAGGAGCCACCAAAGGCGGCGCCACCGAGCACGCAUGCUCAUACUCGGACGGCGAUCAAUGAGGUGACGCGGCCUCUGAUAGAUCCACUGGACAAGCCGGUGCCACCGGCGUUGGCACCAGAGACUAAGGCAGACGCGAAGCCCGAGACGCAAAAACCGAAGCGGGAAAAGCAGCAGACGGUGGACAGCAUACAGACCGACACGCCACCUCUGCCACAGCUUCAAGAAGAGCGUACGCCCGUCUUUGUAGACGCGGCGACGCAGUCCUGCACUCUCACCACAGCCGCACCGCCAGCGCAUCGGAAUGCCGCAGUCGACACGGGAACGGACGCUCCCGACGACUUCUGGGUGGCGCCCAGGGGCGACCCGGAGCUUCCUUUCGCCUCCGCAGAGUACACGUCGCCACCAGGGGGUGUGGUGUCCACCGCCAAGGUAGCGGCUGUGAGAGGCGCCCAGAAGGCUGAUCGCAAACACCUCGAGAGCACGGCUACUGGGGGUGUCGGCCGCAAAACCACGGCCGCGACGACUGAAGCGGGCGGCGGGGCCACUACGGAAGCGACGGUCAUGUUGGACGUGAACCCGUACGUGCGCUACCCGCUGCUCAUCAUGAACCUCCUCAUCUGGUUCAUGGGUGUGACACUACUGCUGGUCGGAGCGUACGCCUACGUGGACACCUGGACCACGUCGGAUAUCCCGUCGCAUUCGACUUCCUACAACAUCUACAGCAUGUUCGUGAUCAAGAUGGAGAUCUCGGUGAUGCUGUUCGGCUCGGUGACCAUGUCGUUGUCGUUCUGCGGCUGCGUCGGCGCGCUUCGCGAGAACACCUGCCUGCUGAAUAUCUACUCGUCGUUCAUCACUGCGCUGCUGCUCAUCAACCUGGUCGUAGGCCUCAUCGUCUUCUUCCUGCCGUCGCAGAUCAAGAAGCUUCUCUCCGAGACUUUCUCCAUGGAGCUAAUCGUCCACUACCGGGACUCGCCGGACUUCCAGAGGCUCAUGGACAGCAUACAGGAGCGGAUGCAGUGCUGCGGCAUCUCGAGGAGGAACUUCAGGGACUGGAACGCCAACAUGUACUUCAACUGCUCCCGCGCCAACCCGAGCAGUGAGCGCUGUUCCGUUCCUUAUUCGUGCUGCAAGCGCAACAAUACCGAACAGGUGGUGAGCCUCUCGUGUGGCCGCAACGUCCUCAACAUGACCGACUACGACGCCUGGUUCCAGGUGUACACGGGCAACUGCCUCGACUCGGCGCACCGAUACGUGCGCGAGAACGUCACCAUCAUCACGGGACUCUGCCUCGUCUUCGUCAUCGUGCUCGCCUUCGUGCAGAUGGUCACGCAGGCACUCAUCGACGAGAUACUCAUCAUUCGCCGCAUCUACGAGAAGUUCUACGAGCGAGCCUACGACAUGCGCGCCGCCCAGGAGCAGACCGAGCCGUCGGCCAACUAACGGGCGCUUCAGCUAUACAGCCACGGCAACGUCCACAGGUCCAUUAUUACAGAAGGCAGACCAUUUACGUGGGCUCAUACGCAAGAACAAUCUCGGCAACUUGCUUCUGUCCCGAUCACUACGUUAGUGCGCGUUGAUGUCUGUUAGACGCUGGAAGUGUUCGUUAGUGUCAACGAAGUAUACUGUUAAUAUACAAGAUAUAUGCCAGAGAACUGUACAACCUCGUUGCGUUCUUUUUUGAGGCGUCUGGAGGAGCACAAUCUGUUGGUGACGAUGAACUGCAGAUGUACCGCACAGUUCACUGGAUUGUCACAAGUCACACGAGACGUUGCUAGAAUCUGCAGGGUCCUUAAUGCGUGGUAAUUGCUUUGCCAAGGUCGUUGUUGCCAAGGACGUUGUUGCAGCAAGGCUGGGCUCUGGGUAACGCCUUGUUAUGAUCUCUGCAGCAGCAGAAGCUGACAAUGACCAGGAAGUUCAGUGAAGGUGUUUUGAAAAGCACAGGGCAGCGAGCCCGCAGCCUUCGGUCAAGUGUACUACGGUUGGUAUUCCGUGGGCUGCGCAGCGCCGCACACUUCGUUAUCGUGUAGAUAUGUUGUAUAUAGACGAUGUUUAAAAGCAUUAUGACGUA